UUCCAGGGCUCUGGAGGCCCCAGGCAUGAUGCUCCGGGUCCUGGUGGGCGCUGUCCUCCCUGCUAUGCUGCUGGCCGCACCCCCACCCAUCAACAAGCUGGCGCUGUUCCCGGACAAGAGUGCCUGGUGCGAGGCCAAGAACAUCACCCAGAUCGUGGGCCACAGCGGCUGUGAGGCCAAAUCCAUCCAGAACAGGGCGUGCCUGGGACAGUGCUUCAGCUACAGCGUCCCCAACACCUUCCCACAGUCCACAGAGUCCCUGGUGCACUGUGACUCCUGCAUGCCAGCCCAGACCAUGUGGGAGAUUGUGACCUUGGAGUGCCCCGGCCAUGAGGUGAUGCCCAGGGUGGACAAGCUGGUGGAGAAGAUCCUGCACUGCAGUUGCCAGGCCUGCGGAAAGGAGCCCAGCCACGAGGGGCUGGGUGUCUACGUGCAGGGCGAGGACGGGCCGGGCUCGCAGCCGGGCGCCCACCCCCACCCCCACCCUGGUGGGCAGAGCCCCGAGCCCCAGGAGACUCCUGGGGCCCCCCACGUAGAAGAGGAGGGGGCUGAGGACUGAGGCCCCUGCUCUUCCUCCCCUCGGGGCCCCUGUGGAAUGUCGGGUCUCACCCUCUGGGGAAGAGCGAGGGGAGAGGUGGAAGCUCCCCUGGCACUGGAUGAACUUGGAUUCAGACUUGGACUUGGAAUGCUGUCUGGUUGCCAUGGAGAUCUCAAGGGGAGGAGCUGGAGCCAAGCUUCACAAUUUUAAUAUAUUGGAGCGUGGGGGGAGGAAGGAGAAGUCUUCAGGGCUCUUUUUGGAAGUGGGGCGGUCUUUGCUUUCUGCCUUGUAGAGAGGUGUUCCUGGGAGGGGAGGAGGCCGGCUAAGCUGCUGAGCGUGGGUGAGGCCUUCCAAGAUGGCAGGUGCAGGCCAAGGCCCGCCCAGCCCCUGCUGGGGCAGGAUCCCCAGGGGUGGGGCCAGGUGGUACAGCCAGGGGCCCUAAAGCUAAGGGUGGCACCAUGCCAGUGUCUGCCUGGCAGGAGGACUGGGCUAGGAAGACCAAUGGCAGAAGCAAGAAGCUCCAGCCUGCACAAGUUUCCCUAAUGGCCUUCCCUGGACACCCCACCUCCAGGGAAGCAUCUGCCCUGGGCACAAAGUGCCCCCUCCCACCCAACGGAGUGGUUGGGAGUCAGGCUGGGCAGGACCCUGCUGACUCAGGGCACCAGGGCUGGGGCCAGGCUCUUUGGGCCUUGCUCUGGCUUCCUUGGCUUGCCCUCAGCGAGCUUCCGGGGUCAGGGGAAGGGCUUUCUAAACAUCUGGGGGCCGAUGGGGUGAGGGUGGUCUCCCUAUCAGAGGGUCCAAGCUGGACCCGAAUAGAUGCUGGCUGAGCCUCUAGGAGCUCCAGGACAGGGUGGCCCCUGUGGGUGACCCGUUGUGACCCCGAGGUCCCCAGUCCCGCCCCCUACCCAGCUGCACUUUAAACCUAGAGGGAUGUGGAACCCGGGCCAGGGUGGGCGGGCAGGCGGUGAAGCUUCCCCUGCACCCUGAACUGCCCACGCUGCUCUCUCAUGUGUGCCCAGGGCGAUGGCAGCCCCCACCCCUGCCCGGGGGUACCCGGCCCCUCGGCUGUUCCCAUGGACGAGAGCUUCUGUAGAGCUUGUAACCAGUAGACUCGCCCUGAAGGACCCUGAAUAAAUGCCUUCAACGCUGG